AUCCCUCUUCCUCGCGUUUUCGAUUUGCCUCUCACUUUAUCGCCGCAAAAGCUUUAUCGUCGCAUCGUUCUCCGUUAGCCGUCGUCUCCAGGAUGGAUUCUCAGAUCAAGCACGCCGUGGUGGUCAAAGUGAUGGGUCGUACCGGAUCAAGGGGUCAGGUGACUCAGGUUCGAGUCAAGUUCACAGACUCUGAUCGUUUCAUCAUGCGCAAUGUCAAAGGACCAGUGAGAGAAGGAGAUAUCCUCACUUUGCUCGAGUCCGAGAGAGAAGCUAGGAGACUUCGUUGAUGCGCCUCUACUUCUUCCAAUGUCUUUGGUUAUCUCUCUUUUGAUUCCUCUCGACUUGGAUUAGUGAUAUGAUGUUGUUUGUUGCGUUUAAGACAGUUGCUGGAUUGAUAUCUGUUCUGGUUUUUUUGGUAUUCAAAGUCUCUGUUACCCGUUUGUCUGAAACCCUAUAUAUCAUCAAGAAUUUGCUCCAUAUUAUCU